AUGGGUGUGAAGAGCAAGGCUGCCUUGGCUAUCUUAGUCCUGCUGCUCUUCCUCGGCACGCUCUGGCUCCAUGGAGGUUUGGAUUACCACUGGGAUGCUUGUCUAAAAGGUUACAACCAACUGAAUGAGCCCCCCACACACACACACACACACACACGCACACACACACUUCCACUCCCCCAGCUGUCAAACAGCAGUGCCUCCGAAGCGUCCCAAAGCCUUGAAGCCUUGGAGGAGUGCCCCGGACAGACAUUCCAGAUCUCACUUCUACUCACCCACCUGCUGGCGUCACCGGCCUUCACGUCUGACGUACUUUUACAGCCUUAUCUGUCCAGCUGGGAUGAGCUUGUGAAGUUUAUGGAGGCUCUGGGACCCAUGGUUGGCCUAAUAUCUAAAGAGAUAGAAACCAAAACCUCCAUUAUUCGAGAACUAUCCCAUCUAGCUGAGACCAGCCCGGAAGCGGAGGUCAAUCCAGAUGUCGAUUCUGAAAAAACUGUGACCCCAGAGGUGGGAGUGAAGAAUUUAGACCACUUGCAGCAUUCUGGCGCUUACCAUUCAGUGCGCUCCAUGAUCUGGGUGGAGCUGAAACGAGGCGUGGUGGACUUCAAUCACCAGACAGAUUCUGGAUGCCGGACUCUCCUACGACUGCACCGAGCUCUGCUGUGGCUCAAGCUCUUCCUGCACAAGCUGGCUGAAAUCCCGGCGGCGGGCCGGCUCCGGAGCCCGUCGGAGUUGUGUCGGGAGGCCUAUAAGAGCACCCUGGCCAACCACCACUCCUGGUUUGUGCGCAGGGCCGCAGAGAUGGCCUUUAUUGCCAUGCCCGAGCGGGGUUUCUUUUUCAGGCUGGUGUGUGUACAGAACCAAGAAGAGCUGAACGUAGUGCUGAGUCGGGUGGUCAGGGCGAUUGGGGUGGUCUAUGAUAGGACGCAGAAAGCUCUGGAGGACAACGGAAUGCUGGAUUUGCCAUAA